ACGUCAGAACGCGGCGGCAGCAGGAGGGAGCGGCUCUGAUAGAGCGACAUCCACAGAGAGCGGAGGAGAGAGAGAGAGAGAGCGCAGCGGAGCGGACGGUGGAUGACUACAGACAGUCAGAAUGCGUGAAUACAAACUGGUUGUUUUAGGAUCAGGAGGAGUCGGGAAGUCAGCUCUGACUGUCCAGUUUGUUCAGGGAAUCUUUGUGGAGAAAUACGACCCGACGAUAGAGGAUUCCUACAGGAAGCAAGUGGAGGUGGAUGGACAGCAGUGCAUGCUGGAGAUCCUGGACACAGCAGGAACAGAGCAGUUCACAGCGAUGAGAGACCUGUACAUGAAGAAUGGUCAGGGUUUCGCUCUGGUUUACUCCAUCACCGCUCAGUCGACCUUUAAUGACCUUCAGGACCUCAGAGAGCAGAUCCUCAGAGUGAAGGACACUGAGGACGUUCCCAUGAUCCUGGUGGGAAAUAAGUGCGACUUGGAGGUGGAGCGUGUAGUGGCCAAAGAGUCGGGCAUUGGCCUCGCCCGCCAGUGGAACUCCUGCGCCUUCCUGGAGACCUCAGCCAAGAGCAAGAUCAACGUCAACGAGAUCUUCUAUGACCUUGUGCGACAGAUUAACAGGAAGAGUCCAGUUCCAGGGAAAACUCGCAAAAAGUCCACCUGUCAGCUUCUCUAAUGGCAGUUUUCUGCUCACCUGACCGACAAACAACCAACCAACCUAUCACAGGACAUCUUCCAGUUGGCCACACCCCUUUAACACAGCCAUGUCAUCAUCAGCAUCACCCACCUCUGACCUCUGUUUCUUUGACGACUACAUCUCCCAUCUCCUCACCACACUGUCUAAAGGAGACUGUUGCCUUGGAAACAUUAAAACCAAACAUCAAAUGACUGCGGUGGUGGCAGCGAUGGCAAUGAUGAUGAUGAUGACGAUGAAGAUGUUGUUGCAGGAAUUGGUGGCGGGGUGGGGUGGGGGUGGGGGCUGUCAUAACAACUGCCCAAAUAUAAACUACGGUUCCCAUCAUGCUCUCUGCUAGGCCAUUUUGCGCUGGGGAGUGGCUUCUUGCAUUUUAAUUUUAAAUGUUUCUUUUCUUUCCUUUCUUUUCCUUUCCUUUUCCUUAUUUUCCGGCAGUACCGAGCCGUUCACACACAGCUCGACCACUUGACCGUCAGCCAUGUUGGUGCUGCCAUUACCGUGAUGAUGUUGCAUCCAACAUGACUGACUCUGUAUAAGUGGCUCUGGUUGAACCUGUGGAUCCAUACAGUGAUUAUUAUUAUUAUUACAGUGGUUAUAAUUAUGAUUCUGUGUGAAAAGAUAUAAAAGUCAUUUAAUGUU